AUGGCUCCAGAUGGCUCUGGUCCCGGUGGUGCCCGCCUGGCCUCCACCUGCUGGACUUUCCCCAGGGAGGGAGCCGGGGGCGGGUCCGAGAGGAGGAAGUGGAGGCCCCGGGGAAGGCUGACCCUGCAGCUGCUCCCCCCACUCAAGAAGACAGACACCCCCAUCCCAGAGCGGCCUCUAUGGCUUAUGCUUCUGGACUGCAACCUAGGCAGCCCUGCUCUGACGAAGCCUUCGCCCCCAGAUGACUGGUCCCGGGUGCCCCUGAAGCCUCUGCCCAGGGAGCCGGGCUCCGAUUACAUCAAUGCCAGCUUCAUCCCGGGUCUCUGGAAGGCGCAGGACCUCAUCGCUACCUAGGGGCCCCUGGGGCACACUGUGGGGGACUUCUGGCGCCUGGUGUGGGAGCAGCAGAGCCACACCCUGGUCAUGCUGACCAACUGCAUGGAGUCGGGCAGGGUGAAGUGUGAGCACUACUGGCCGCUGGACGCCACGCCCUGCACCCACGGGCACCUGCAAGUGACGCUGGAGAAGGAGGAGAAGAAGGACAACUGGACCAUCCGGGAUCUGAAGCUCAGACAUACACAGGAGCAGAAGACGCUGCAGGUGCGGCAGUUCCACUACCUGGCCUGGCCCGACCACGGCGUGCCGCCCUCCGCCGACCCGGUGCUGGCCUUCAGGAAGGUGGUCCGCGAGCGGCUGGACCAGUGCUCGGGGGACGGCACCCCCACCGUGCACUGCAGUGAAGGCGCAGGCCGCACGGGCACCCUCAUCGCCCUGGACAUCCUGCUGUGGCAGCUGGAGGGUGUCCACUCCGUGGGGCCCUUCAGCUUCGUGCAGAGGAUGCAGAGCAGCAGGCCCCUGAUGGUGCAGACCGAGGCCCAGUAUGUGUUUCUGCACCAUUGCCUCCUGCGCUUUCUGGAACAGUCGUCGUGGCUUCAUGUGUAUGAGGACGUGAUCUAAAAGAACAGGGGUGCCCACUAGGCCCUCAGAGAGGCCGACACCA